AUGGAACAUCGCUCGCAUUGGGCAGUGAAGAAGUUGAACUUAGAUUUUGCAAAGGCAGGCAAGGAAAGAAUGCUUCAAUUGAAUAUGCUUGAUGAGUUUAGGCACGAGGCAUUUGAAAAUUCUUCUAUUCUCAAGGAACGUAUGAAGGCGUAUAAUGAUAGGAUGAUUGAAAAGAGAGAGUUUGCUCCGGGUGAAGCGGUGUUGCUUUUCGAUGCCAAGCUCAAGUUAUUCGCCGGAAAAUUAAAGUCCAAAUGGUCGGGGCCAUAUCUUAUUAAAGGGGUGAUGCCAAAUGGAACAUUGGAGUUAUUAGCAGAUGAUGGAAGAAUAUUCAAGGUCAAUGGACAAUAUGUCAAGAGAUUCUACAGUCCGGAUCAGGCGAGGGAAGUGUUCGUGCUCAAAUUGGCCUAA